AUGGCACCGUACAUGAGUCAUGGAAGUUCCUCGUCUGAGCUCAGCUCCCCAGUGGACGGCAUGCAUUCGCCUAGAGGAGGGCCAGCAGAUCCAGUCGCAGUUAUUGGGAUGAGCUGCAAGUUCUCUGGCGAAGCGACAACACCAGAGAAGCUCUGGCAGCUUGUUGUCGACGGUAGAGACGGCUGGACGACCAUACCAAAGUCAAGAUUCAACGCAGAUGCCUUCUACGAUACAGACCAUGCGAAAAUUGGAAUGUCUAACGUGGUUGGCGGCCAUUUCCUCAAAGAAGAUGUCGCCGAAUUCGAUGCAUCCUUCUUCAACUUCACAGCUGAAAUUGCGAAAGCGAUGGACCCGCAGAUUCGAUUGCUUCUUGAGUCUGUGUUUGAAACCUCUGAAAACGCCGGCGUACCGCUGCAAAAGUUGGCCGGAAGCGACACUUCAGUGUUCGUGGGGUCUUUUUCCAGGGAUUACCAUGACAGCCUCUUGCGUGAUCCGGACACGCUUCCAAGAACAACCCUCACCGGCAAUGGGGUUGCGAUGAUGUCCAACCGCAUUUCUCACUUCUUUGACCUUCGUGGACCGAGCUUGACGACGGACACGGGGUGCUCUGCAAGUUUAGCAGCUCUUCAUCUGGCUGUGAACAGCAUUCGAAAUGGAGAGUCACGGAUGGCCAUCGUUGGCGCCUCAAAUCUCCUUCUGAACCCCGAUCCUUUCAUCAUUAUGUCAAGCCUAGGAGUUCUCGGCGCAGAUGGUCGAUGCUUUGCCUGGGACAGUCGAGCAAACGGCUAUGGUCGUGGUGAAGGCAUGGCGACGCUUCUGUUGAAGCCUCUCCGGGAUGCAAUGGCGGACGGCGACCCCAUUCACGCGGUGAUCCGAGAGACUGCCAUCAACCAGGAUGGAAAGACUCCGACUAUUACCUCCCCGUCAUCCGAGGCCCAGGAAGAGUUGAUUCGAGCUUGCUAUCGCAGAGCCGGCUUGGACCCUGCAAAGACGCCAUAUGUCGAAGCCCACAUGACCGGGACUCCAACGGGCGACCCGAUUGAGGCGAAAGCAAUCAGUUGUGUCUUUGGCAAAGGUCGGGGCGUCAGCAAUCCAGUACUUGUGGGGUCUAUCAAGACCAAUCUGGGACACCUGGAGGCAUCAAGCGGAAUAGUGGGUGUUAUCAAAGCUAUUAUGAUGCUAAAGCAUGGAGUCAUCCCUCCGAGUCUGAACUACGAACAAGCGAACCCCAACAUCGACAUGAACUCACUGGGCGUCCAGGUUCCCACGAGCACGCGGGAGUGGCCCAAAGACAUGCCACGCCGUAUCUCGGUCAACAAUUACGGCUACGGAGGGACGAACGGCCACGUAAUCAUUGACGGAGCAGUCGAGCACGUCCGUGAAUACUCGACGGCAGCUGAGCGGUUCGAUCACCCUCGGCUCAUCGUCAUGAGUAGCAAAGAUUUCAAUGUCACCAACAGAAUGGUCGCCAACCUGAAAGACUACCUUGAGGUUCGAAAGUCAUCCGAUCAAAAAGUCAGUCUCGAUGACCUUGCCUACACUCUUCACGCCCGACGAUCACAUUUCUCAUGGAGAGCGGCCAUAUCAAGCACAAGCUGCCAUGAAGAUAUCACAGAGGCCCUAGAAGAUCCGACCAGGAAGACUGUGGCAUUGGCCAAAGAAGCCCCUCGUAUCGGGUACGUUUUCAAUGGACAAGGCGCUCAGUGGCACGCCAUGGGACGAGAGCUCAUCGCCAUCUAUCCUGUCUUUCGGAAGGCUCUUCUGCAAGCCGAUAUAGUCUUGGAAGACUACGGAGCAGAUUGGUCUUUGAUAGAAGAGCUCCAACGCGGCGAAAAGUCCACGCGCGUAAACGAGCCUCGUCUCAGUCAGCCCGUUUGCGUUGCCCUCCAGGUCUGCUUGGUUGACCUUCUCAACUCUUGGGGCAUCCAUCCCAGUGCCGUCGCCAGUCACUCAAGCGGUGAAAUCGCCGCAGCAUACGCAGCAGGCGCGUUGACGUUUGAGGAAGCCUUGGGCGUGGCCUACUUCCGAGGUCACCUGACAGAGAAGCACCAUAGUGCAUCUAGGGUUCCUGGAGGCAUGAUGGCUGUAGGCUUAGGUGCCGAAGAUGCAUUGUCCUAA